GCCGCAGCGCUCCCGCCGCCGCCCCGCCGGGGCCCCUGAGCCACCAUGACGUUCAAGCAAGCGUCCAUGAUGGCCCCCGAGGCCACGGCCAGCACGCUGCCCAUGGGCACCAUGGAGAACUCCACCGAGGCCGCGGGGCCGGGCGAGAGCAAGGAGGACGUGUUCACCAAGCUGAGGGACAAGUUCAUGAAUGAGCUCAACAAGAUCCCCUUGCCACCCUGGGCCCUCAUCGCCAUCGCCGUCGUGGCCGGACUCCUCAUCCUCACCUGCUGCUUCUGCAUCUGCAAGAAGUGCUGCUGCAAGAAGAAGAAGAACAAGAAGGAGAAGGGCAAAGGCAUGAAGAACGCCAUGAACAUGAAGGACAUGAAGUCAGGCAACCAGGACGACGAUGACGCAGAGACGGGUCUGACCGAGGGGGAAGGUGAGGAAGAGGAGAAGGAGCCGGAGAACCUGGGCAAGCUGCAGUUCUCACUGGACUACGAUUUCCAGGCAAACCAGCUCACAGUGGGGAUCCUCCAAGCUGCUGAGCUGCCAGCUUUGGACAUGGGAGGCACCUCAGACCCUUACGUCAAGGUGUUCCUGCUCCCUGACAAGAAGAAAAAGUACGAGACCAAAGUACAGAAGAAGACCCUCAACCCUGCCUUCAAUGAGACCUUCACCUUCAAGGUGCCCUACCAGGAGCUGGGUGGGAAGACGCUGGUCAUGGCCAUCUACGACUUCGACCGCUUCUCCAAGCACGACAUCAUCGGCGAGGUGAAGGUGCCCAUGAACACCGUGGACCUGGGCCAGCCCAUCGAGGAGUGGCGGGACCUGCAGAGCGGCGAGAAGGAGGAGCCAGAGAAGCUGGGGGAUAUCUGCAUCUCCCUCCGGUACGUGCCCACAGCUGGGAAACUCACAGUCUGCAUCCUGGAAGCCAAGAACCUGAAGAAGAUGGAUGUUGGGGGCCUCUCAGAUCCCUACGUGAAGAUCCACCUGCUGCAGAAUGGCAAGAGGUUGAAGAAGAAGAAGACCACAGUCAAAAAGAAGACCCUGAACCCCUACUUCAAUGAGUCCUUCAGCUUUGAGAUCCCCUUUGAGCAGAUACAGAAAGUGCAAGUGGUCAUCACAGUGCUGGACUACGACAAGCUGGGGAAGAACGAAGCCAUCGGCAAGAUCUUCACAGGGCUGAACUCCACGGGCACGGAGCUGCGGCACUGGUCCGACAUGCUGGCCAACCCCCGGCGGCCCAUCGCCCAGUGGCACUCGCUGAAGCCGGAGGAAGAGGUGGAUGCAGCUCUUGGGAAGGGCAAAUAGCUCUGCUGGCCGGCGGUGUGCGAGGGACAGUGACCCAGAGCUACCGAUACCUCAGUUCUGCAGCCUUCCUUUCGGUUCUUUGUUCUGUUUUGAGCUGAAAUGCCCUUUAAUGCCUCUGGAAGGGUAUCCAGGCAGUCCCAAUAGCUUCCAGGGGAAGAGGUUAAAGACAUGGAUGGUUCUUUUUGUUCUUCAGCAUCGCUCCCUUCUGCUGCAUGUUCCAUUGCCUCUGUUUGCCAUCUCUGCCCAGUGCAAACCACCGUCCCACCUGGGACCUUCCCCAGCAGCUGUGUCACCAGCCUGCAGCACUGCUGCCACCAUCCUGCCCUUGGGACCACCUGGGGAGCCGUGGAAUGUUUCAUGGAGGUGAUUCUGGAGCCUGAUGGUGCGAGAUGACCAGACCCCCUGCGCUUGGUUGGGGCAUGACCAGCAGUAAGACAGAAAAUUGGUGCAGAAGACCCUCUGAGGAGACCCAGCUGCCUCCCCCUGGCCCUCCCCAAGGAAGGCUGAGUGCCCCUGGCCAGCUCCAGGUUUGGAGGCUGAGGAGAGGCUUGCAGGGGCCAUGGAUGCUGCUGUGGUGGUGGGGGCCAAGCCCUCAGUGUCGCAGCAGGAACUGUGGGAACUGGGCACAGGGAGCCUCGAGAGGGCUGCUCCAAAGAAU